CGCCCCCUCACCUUGUCCCACGAGGCGGAGUCGAUACCGGAAGUGGCGACGGAUGAAGCGCCGAGUGCGUCGGCCCGCGGUAGACCGAAGACAGCGGCAUCAGGAGCCUGAGUUAUUGCGGCCGCUCGGAGCACAGGGACGGCGUUGGAGCAGCCGGACCGAGGCCGUAGAGCUGAUGGGGGUGGUCGGCUCGAGCCUGGGCCUACUGGCCGCGCUGAUUGUCGCUCUGUCAGUGCUAGUGGUGGGCGGCGUGAACUCGCUGACGGUGGCUGAAGAGUCUCCCGACAGAAAGCAUCAUAAACUUGAGAUGGACCAGGCAUUUUUAAGUGUUUAUAAUGAAUUGUCUGAGGUGCUGGUUGUCUCUUGGCUGUCAGAUCACUGUUACCAGUGCAAGUUUCAGAAACUUGGUAGUGUGCCUCCAAAAAAGCAUUUGGGACUUCAACAAAAACCCCCUGGGAAUUCAACAUUUGCCAUUGACACUAAACAUGCAGUUUUGUUACAGUUGAACGUCACAGAUGAGGUGUGCAGGGUUCAUGAAAGCUUUGGGGAGUUUGGACACUAUUCCUUAUGGGUGAGAAAGGCCAACCGGAGUAAUGCGAGUGGGACAGUGACCUGUAACGUCAUUACUGACAAAGCACCCAUCAACAGCAAUCUUCCAAUUUUAUAUGCAUUCCUUGCCUUUGUUGGAAUCGUCCUUCUCAUGUGUUUUGGACAGUUCAUACAAGGGCUAGCUCUUUUUAAAAGCUUGUUGUUUCGUCUAUCAAGUCGAGUGGAGAUGGAACGGUUAAUCAAUUCUGAGCUGGGAACACCAAUCCGUGUGGGCGACAGCACUGAUCAAAAUAACCUGGUCCCUGGACGUAGUGCAGGCUCCCAACGGCUUCGUUCACUAGACACUUUGCGAGGGUUGGCUUUGGUGAUCAUGAUCUUUGUUAACUAUGGAGGUGGGAGAUACUGGUUCUUCAAACAUGAAAGUUGGAAUGGACUAACAGUAGCAGAUUUAGUUUUUCCUUGGUUUGUGUUUAUCAUGGGAACCUCCGUUGCCCUGUCCUUGAACUCCGCAUUACAGGUUAACCGCUCCAGGUGGAAGCUGUUGACUAAAGUUGCUUGGAGAACUGCUGCACUUGUUUUGCUUGGCAUCUUUAUCAUUAACCCAAAUUAUUGCAAGGGACCACUUUCCUGGGAUACUCUGAGGAUUCCUGGUGUGCUUCAGAGGCUAGGUCUUUCGUAUGGUGUGGUUGCUGUCCUGGAGCUUUUGUGUGGAAAAGUAUAUCCUGAAAGUCUUGCUUUGGACAACUUGUGGUCUCCAGCCAGGGAUGUUUUGAUCUACUGGCCCCAGUGGAUCUUUAUUUUGCUAUUGGAGUGUGCUUGGCUGUGUCUAACAUUACUGUUGCCUGUACCAGGUUGUCCACAGGGUUACCUUGGCCCUGGAGGGAUUGGAGACUUUGGACAGUUUGCAAACUGCACUGGAGGAGCAGCAGGCUACAUUGAUCGUCUGGUCUUUGGAAAGAACCAUAUCUACCAACACCCCUCUUGUGCGAGACUUUAUAAGACAACAGUGCCUUUUGAUCCAGAGAACCUGCUGGGACUAAUCAAUUCAAUUGUGAUGACAUUUCUAGGACUACAGGCUGGAAAGAUUUUUCUUAUUUACAAAGGUCAAAACAAGCAGAUUAUGCUUAGAUUUUUAUUUUGGAGCAUCCUGCUGGGUGUUAUUUCAGCUAUCCUUACAAAAUGCUCUAAAGACCAUGGAUUCAUUCCAGUCAACAAGAACUUGUGGUCCAUCUCUUAUGUUACAACACUAAGUUCCUUUGCCUACAUUCUUCUCUUGCUGAUUUACUUUAUGGUAGAUGUAAAGAAACACUGGACUGGAGCUCCAUUUUACUUCCCAGGGAUGAACUCUAUUCUGGUGUACGUUGGACACGAGGUGUUUGAGCACUACUUUCCUUUCAGAUGGAAAAUGCUAAAUGAUCGUUCACAUGGGGAACACUUGGCCCAGAAUCUUGUUGCUACCAUUAUCUGGGUUAUUAUUUCUUAUGUUCUUUACAAGAAGAAAAUAUUUUGGAAAAUCUAAUGGGAAUCAAGUAUUUUUUUGGCAAAUACAGAAAGUGACAGUAUAUUUUUCUAUAAUUGUGAAUUGAAUGAGCAAGUGUGCAUUUUGUUAACAUGGGAAUGCAAAUUUCAGUGGAAUUUAAAUUUUUUCACUUGGCCAGUAUAUCAGUGUUUCAUUAACCAAUUUCCUGGUAAUCAUCAGUUUACGAUCUACUUAUCUUUUUUUUUAAAAAAGUGUCAAUUUUGCAGAGCUACAAGAUAGAUCUUUUUACUUCAUUGUGAAUUGGUGAUACUGAAAAUUGUAUUGAAGUACUGACUAAAUCAAAAGGUUAAUGUACUAAACAUCUCUGCAUUGUCACCAUUCCAGUCUGCAAUACUUUGCUCAAUCUCUCAGUGCCUACCUUUCAUUUUAGUUUCUUACCCCACAAUUUAUCACUGGUAUUUUAUUCCUGUUUACUUGUCAAAAUUAUUUUAAACAGAUCUGUCUUAAAUAAGCAAUUGUAAAGCUGUUGGUUUAUUUCGAUGGACACGAGGAGAGGGAUGUGUCUCCUGUUAACUGUUCUUCCACAUCCUGUUUAUGGUGAUACAAGUUUCUAAUGGGCAAACCUUCCACCAGAGUUCAAAUCUCUAUACUUUAUCAUAAAUUGGCAGAGCUGAGAGGAUUGAAAAUAAGAUUCAGAGGUUGGAAAGUUUGAAGACUGGAAUGCAAGUUUUUCACCUCUUAUUAAUGUUUGUGCUUAUUUGGGAAGCUUGCUUGUUUAAUGCUCUUGACUGAAAUAAUGAUGGCCUUUGUGUGUUUGUAUUUAAAAAAAAAACCCAACAAAACAGCAUUUGCAAUUGAAGACUUGUAACAGAUGCGUUAGCCUGUGCCUGUCCAAUCUGUCACUGCUACCACUGAAAAGCUUGUUUAUAUUGUACACUACAUCAAGAAUGUAUGGAUUAUCUUUGUCAGAUUAACCAGAUGAUGUAGAAACUUCUUGUUAAUAUUGAAUGUUAGAACUGUUGAGAAAUCUCCUUAUCUGUUAAGUCCUAUGUUUGUCAUAUAUAGAGCAAACUUGUUAUUAAGGAAGUUACCUGAACCCAAAAUUUUAGUGAAGCUGAGACUGGAAUCAAGAUUUGAACUCAAUAAUCAUGCAAGAAAACAUCUGGACUUUAGGGUACACACACAAUGCUGGAGGAACUCAGCAGGCCAGGCAGCAUCUUUGGGUGGGGUUGGGGGGGCGGGGAGUACAGUUGACAUUUCUGGCCGAGACCCUUUUUUUCAUAGAUACUGCCAGGCCUGCUGAAUUCCUCCAGCAUUUUGUGUGUGUGUGUUGCUUGGAUUUCUUGUUUGGAUUGGACUUCAGGAUAACUAUGUUAUAGAGCAGAUUGCUGAUGAAUUUCUAAUACUUUUCUAGCCAGAAUUUUCUUGUUCAUUAAGACUUUGGUAUACAGAAAUUUCUGUUAGGAAGAAUUCCAGUACCUGGUAACUGUGUCUGGUGUAUCAUCAACACAAUGUACUACAAAGCUACAGAGUUCAGAUAUCCCAUUAUCAGUUUAUCUUGGAGGACCUUGGACCCAUGUAGCCCCUACCUUGGAUUAGAGAUGGCUUGUUUGUACUCACAAGUACACUUUGUGUUAAGCUUGGGUUGGGAACACAUCAAAACUCAGUGAAUGUUAUUUCCACUUAGUGCAGCUACCAACUCCUUAGCCAUCUAACCUCACCAUGGUGGAAUCUGUCUUGUUCUUGUGUGAUUCACUUGAACUUUUGUGGUGAGAUCUAGAUCGACACAAUCUGCUUGCACAAUCUUAUUGACUGCUUAAUUUGUCUUCUGACUUGGCCAAGGCAAGAAUUGUAUAAAUAUUUUCAGUGGAUUCUGUGGCUUCCUGCUCUAUCUGAUCACACUUAUUAUGUAGGUAUCUAAAAUCUGUAUUUUUGUCUACUUCAAACCAUUGUUUAAUUUGGGAGGAUUGCAUUAUAGAAACAAAGCCUAAAUUUUCUCCUUUAGAGUCAGUAGUGUUGAGAAUUGCAAUACUACAUUGCCACUUCUAGGAUGGCAAUAAUCACUGUUUGAAAUCCUUUGUCUAAA